AUGACAAGUUGUUCUAGUUUUUUCUUCUCAUACAAACCCUGUACAGGAAAUACUAAAAUUCGUAUAGCAGAUGGUUCAUUUUUUGCUAUUUCUGGUGUAGGAGAUGCAAAACUCUCUGAUACACUAACUUUGUCUAAUGUUCUUCACGUUCCUAAAUUGUCAUGCAAUCUCAUCUCUAUUAGUAAACUAACCUCCACACUAAAUUGCACUGCUAUUUUUUCUUCUUCUUACUGUGUCUUUCAAAAUCCGGUCUUGGAGACAAUGAUUGGAUAUGACUUAGGAAACGUAAAUAUAAGGCAAGUUGGAGAGGUUAAUGUGAGGGAAAAUCAGCAAGAAAAUGAGCUGGGAAAUCUCAUAAAUAUUGAAAAUGUUGAAAAUAUUGUGCCACACGCUAAUUCUCAGCAGCUUGAUGAGCAAGGGUGCAAUGGCCAAAACAAAGGUAAAUAUGGUCAAUUUGUUUCUACCUCAAAACUCUUAUCCUCUUUUGCCACUUUCACCAAUAAUGUUUCAAGUGUCCAGAUUCCAAAUAAUAUACAGGAAGCUUUACUUGUUCCGGAGUGGAAGGGGGCUGUUUUUGAGGAGAUGACUGCUCUAGAGAAGAAUCAAACAUGGAAGCUUGAAGAUCAUCCUAAGGAAACUCCAACUCCUUUACGACAGUUCGACGUGAAGAAUGCUUUCUUGAAUGGAAGAUUGGAAGAGGUAGAGUAUAUGCUUCCACCACCAGGUUUUGAGAACAAGUUUGGCAUGAAAGUUAGUAAGUUGGAAAAAACUUUUUAUGGGUUAAAACAGUCACCAAGAACGUGGUUUGAGAGGUUUACUCAAGUGGUAAAAAAACAAGGCUAUUCUCAAGCACAAUCUGAUCAUACCUUGUUCACUCGUCACUCGAACAAUGGAAAUUGCAGCUCUAAUUGUCUAUGUUGGUGA